CGCGUAACGACCGUAUCAAGACGCAGCUGCAUUUGAAGCCUUCGCCGUUACGCGCCCGGUCAGGAUGAGGGUAACCUUUGGCUCUCUGGUUGUCGUAGCAGGCAUCUGUGGUCUCCUCAGCUACGCUUUUCUGGCCACUUCCCUCGGAACAGAGUACUGGUACAUUAUAGGGAUGAACCCCAUGAACAUGAGCCACCUGGAGGACGUGAGCUUCCACUAUGGACUGUGGACUACAAACGAAGGUGGGAAGGUGGAGGCAGACUCCAACGACUCUUUCAAAGCUGACUACUCUGACAGUGAGCUGCUCAUGCUGAAUAUGCACAGUGCCAUAGUGGUGGUGCUCACCCUCAGCCUGGUCCUCCUGCUGUUUGGAGGUAUCUGCGCGCUGGUCAGCUCCCUGGCUCGGAGUCCUGUGCUCCUCACCAGCUCGGCCUCCUACUUCUUCUUCUGCAGUCUGCUGACACUGUGCGGCGUCAGCCUCUACAUCAUCUACUCGUACAAGGCCCUGGCAGAGAUAGAGCGGCAGGUGGGAGCAGAGGGCCUGGCCUACAUUCACACCUCCUUCGGCUGGUCUCUGGGUAUGGCCUGGCUCUCCUACAUCCUGGAGCUCCUCACCGGUGCUCUGCUGCUCGUCGCUGCACAGAUGGUCAAGGUGCAGCACAGCAGUCCCUCCAUAGCCUGACACCUGGGACGCGGACAGGACAGGCACUGAACUGUAUUGAACUAUCAGAGUAUGUUGCUGCCAUGUGGUUCUAUUGCUGGAAAGUAUUACAUCUACGACAACAUACAAAGACUGAAUUUAAAAUCAGUUGGAUUUGUUAAAAAGUGUGUUCUGAGUUAUAAAGGUCAAUGUCCUUAAAUCCACUGCAGACUGUAAACAAAGUUUCUGCUGUGAAUUGAAGUGAGUUUCAUCCCUCUGGCCCAUGGCCCCCUCUUGUGGUUCUGUCCACAACCACACUCA